CAAACCAGAACCUUUUCUGAAUGUCGUGGUUCUUCGUGGGUCACUCGUAGUGAGCUGGCAAGCCCUUAAUUCCAUGUGAGUACGUACUGUACUGCAUCUCCUUCCUACGGCACCCAAAGAAAGAUGACAGAGGUGAGAAGCCGCUUUGGUCUUUGGUCUGGAAACUCUGGUUCUGUGGAACGACAGCGGCUUUACAACCAAUCCUCGCACCACUACUUUACACAAUCGCACCAGCAUGAAACGAGAGAGCGGUGCAGCAGCAAAGGCCCGCCACAAGUCAGCUGCCAUGUUGUUGGUGGAUUAUACCCGCACUCGUGCUGUGGUUGGCUCUACGGAGCAACGGCGGAGGACGAUUCCCGUGCCGACCAAGGUUUCGAAACGGUCUCUGCCGUGUCGAAGAGCAACCUAUGGCGGCCAUCAUCAGUAUCGCAGGUCCAUGUCCUUGAUGGAAACCCAGCCGGAAGUGGACGAGGAAGAAGAGCUCGAGGACUCCAAGAGCCGCAUCAACUUUCGCAUCAAACGACGGAGUAGCAUGGGGGCGUCCUAUACUCGGGAUCAUACGAGUAGUAGCAUUAGUACCACCACUGAGCACGAGCCAACCUACGCGGAGAAGUUUCAAAAGUCCUUGACCGACCUCUUUGCCGAAGAAGACGAGGAGGAAGAGGAACCAGUCAACGGGGACGACAGCUUUUUCUGGACCAAGUGCAACGAGCUGGACAUGACGGAGCGCACAGAAGGGGAAACAACGAUCACAUCCACAGUAGCGGCGGAAGAUGAUUUGGGCCCCUCCUGUCACUUUGUGGAUACCCGCAAGUUUAACAAGGGCAAGUUGGGGAUGAUAGUGUCAACGAUUGAUGCUGUUGGUCCUGCUAAAACUGAGGAUGAUGAUUGCCAUCCUCAGACUCUUCUUAGCACGGACAAGAAAACUGAGGAGGAAGGAGAAAGCAACUACGUGGACACUAGCAAGUUUUGUCGGGGACGCAAGCAACCAGAGCCAGAAUCUCCCGCAUCUACUACUACAAAGCAGCAAGCAAGAGAUCUUCCAAGGGAUUUAGCGCCUCCACUUUCUGCUAGUAGUGCUCAGAGACCUACGUUCUGGAGGAGGAUGAGCCAACAGAGAAUGGGAGAAGAGGAGACCACCAAGGAUCACACCCGCCGACGAUUGACAAGACUCUCCUCGCUCAAAAAGAUGCAAGAGUCUUCCAUGAGUGACAUCAACACUACUAUUAUAGGUUCGAGACGACAAGCGCGACAGCAAGCUCUGGCCCGAAGCUCCUCGAUGAAGCAGACCAGCUUGCGUGAAGUUUCAGAGACCGGCGCUCUGCCGCGAAGUUCCUCCAUGAAGAGUUUCAAGCGCAGUGAACUCUCAGAGUCAGAUCACCGACGGGAAAACCAACGCAUGAAGCGAGUUCAUUCGCUCCGAAAUGUCAUGGGAGAUAUUUCGGAUCCUUCUCAAGAAGCAUCUUCCAACAACGACAGUAUUACAUUGGACUUUAACAAUUCUCUCGGUAACCUGGCAACUAAUAGACGAACCACCAAGCCCAAGAGGAACUUUUCCACACUCAACUUUGCGGGAGAUUUCCAGUCGGGACCUCGACUAGACAGGAGAGCGGGAUUGUUGGGCACCAGGGGAGUUUCAUCAAUGGGAAACUUGGCUAGGGACCUCAUGGACGACAAGUCCUCGAGAAACCACUACUACAAAGGUUGCUCGAUGAGAAAUCUCAUGAGUGAUUCAUUUCGGACGUUGGGGUCGUUGUUGAAACAGACAUCCGAGAGGAACCUCCUCAAUGAAUCAAAGCGAACAUUGAACAAUGAGUCGAUUUCAAGGUUGAACAUGAUGAGGCAGAUUUCGGGUAGAAACUUGGUCCGCGAUGUCUCUGCGAGGAGCCUCCUCCCGGACUGUUCGGAACAAGUUCUGGAAGUGGACAGAUUGAACAUGAUGAGGCAGAACUCCAACAAAAACAUCCUGAAGCGGGACUCUACGCGCAAGCUGAUGAUGGACCUGUCGGAACAAGCCAUGGACUUCUCGGCAAGGGCUGGUAGCAGGAGAAAUCUUUUGCGACAAGACUCGAACAGGAGCAUGUCAAAGGAUCCAUCAUCCAGGCGCCAAGCGAUGGACUUCUCGGCAAGGGCUACUGGCAACAACAGAAAUCUUCUGCGACAAGACUCGAACAGGAGCAUGUCAAAGGAUCAGUCAGCAAUCAGGCGCCAAAACAGGAGGCUACUAAACAGGAAAAGUGCUUCCAUGAGAAACUUGGAUGGUUCGGCAUACGAAGGGUCUCAGCGCCGCCGUCUUGGUUUUUCCAACAGUUUUCGUGGUUUAUGUAGUGCCGCCGAGGUUGAUAUUGAACCGGACACGGGGAAGCGAGGGUUGGCACGUUGCAGAAGUGACUUGGAGACACUGCAGAGUCGAAGAGCUUCAUCAGGGAAGAAGGAGAAGAGAGAACCAGCGGAAGAAGAGCAAGGGGACAACCGUCUUGCGCUGUUGGUUGGAAGCACCAUAUCGUUUCGAUCCAAUUCAAGCCGGAACCUUUGCCGAUCCAAUUCAGGACAAGACGGUUCGCCCAAGCAGCUUGCCGCACGUGCAUCAUAA